GACUAUCUACAAAUCUGAAUCUAUUUGCUCAGAUAAUAGUGAAAAAAUCGAAGAUCGGCAAUUCACAAAUGAUGCAAAUUAUGAAGUUUCUUAUCUAGUUUAUAAUACUAUGAAAAAUAUUAUAAAUUCAUCAGAACGAACAUCUUUUUUCAUUGAGAAGAUCUUAAAACUUAGAGAAAAUUUGAAAUAUUCCCUUAUCAUUGAAACUUCAUAUAAAUCCCAAAUUUCUUGUUCUAAUUAUAAACUAAGAAAUAAUAAAAUAGACCAAAAUAUAUACUCUACGUUAUUUUACUGUCGAUCAAAUAGAAUGAUUAAUGAUAACUUUUCUCAAUCUCACAAUUUUGAAGUUAUCAAAAUAACAGAAAAUUUGCCCUCUCUUCAUAAUAAUCAAUUUUAUAAAGUGCCAUCUCCUGAGAAUCUUAUUAUAG